CGCGCCGCCGCUCCGUCACGCUCAUAAAGGCUUCGGCGGCGCCUUCGGUCCGGCCGGUUACUGCGGCAGCCUUGUGCUCUGCAUUAGUGUGUUACUCUCCUCUCAAAUUAACUAAAGCAGCCGGAGAUGCCUUCAAACCAGAACAUGCAGGGAGGGAAAGCAUUUGGGUUAUUAAAAGCUCAGCAAAGAGAGAAGCUGGAAGAAAUUAAUAAGGAAUAUCUCGAGGACCAGAAAUACAGUGAUGAGGAAGACCUGGCAGAGAAGUUGGAUUCCUUUAAAAACAAAUAUGCCGAAUUUGACCUAAAUGACCAGGGAGAAAUCGAUAUGAUGGCAUUGAAGAGGAUGAUGGAGAAGCUGGGGGUGCCCAAGACCCACCUGGAGAUGAAGAAAAUGAUCUCGGAGGUUACCGGGGGCAGCAGCGACACAAUCAACUACCGGGACUUUGUGAAGAUGAUGCUGGGGAAGCGCUCAGCCGUGCUCAAACUGGUUAUGAUGUUUGAGGACAAGGCCAAUGGUGCAAGCUGCAAGCCGGACGGGCCCCCACCCAAGCGAGACAUAGCCAGCCUGCCGUAGAUGGGGGGUGGGAUUGUGGGAGGGAUUGGAAGCACCUUGGUUAUCCACUGGUCCACUCAUUGUCUUUCUUCUGAGAAUGUAAAUAGCCUUAUUGCGAGUCAGACUUUGAGACUGAAGGAGAAUCUUUGUAGACUGUGAGAUUUCAUUUCCAUUUAAAAAGUGGGGAAAACUAUAUUUGCUGUGAAAAAGUAAUGGCAGUAGUUUUUAUAUGAGUAAAUAAAUGUAUAUAUUUGUAUUAAAAAUGAAAUAACAGGGUUAAUAUUUUUAAUUGCCACUCCAGCUCACCUUAAACCACAGGAAACUGAAGACCAUUUAUUUCUUAAAAUAGCAGAUGCAGUGUUUUUCUUCCUUCUUUAAUUUUUGAAGGGGCUUAAAAUCCCAUUUUCUUCAGGUGUAGGAAAGGCUGGCGCUAACUGCAGGUAUCCAUCAGGAGUCACUUCCCACAUGUAGCAUUAAAUCCAGCUCAGUCUAGACAGGCUUCCCCAUUGGCCAGCCUGAAUUUCACAGUUCUGUGCUGUUGAUGUGGCUUAUCUGAGGAGCAGGAGAUGGAGAUCUUGCUGUCAGAGCGUGUGACAGCCUGUUAUUGUAGGGGAGCUUGGCCUGGCUGAGGCUUUCAGCAGCUGUCUAGGUGCUGCCUUCCGCUCUUUCAAGGUUUCUGGGAGGUCCAUGUUUCCAGUUAUCUUGGUCAUAUAGUUGGUAUGGAAGGCACAACAGAUAAAAGCAUAUUUUCCAUUCCAGACCCUAGUCAUUCUACUGCAGCUAUAUGUUUGCUACAGGCUAGCAUAUGUAUCACACUAAGAGCAUUUCUGUGUUCCAGUCCGCCGUUUUAUCCCUUAAGAAUUUCAUUUAAUGCAGAAAUAUUUCUCAGUAUGAAAGGGAGGGUAUUUUAUUUUACUUUCUAAGUGAUUGAACAGAGCUCAAACUGAAAGGUCCAUUUUGGAAAGUCUGCUUUGAUAUUUGGAUGCUUUCUGUUCCCAUGACAACCAUAGGAGUACCCUCAUUGCAUGGCUCAGAAAUUCACACGAGUCCACCAGUUGAGUAUAACAAUGUUAAGACUGUAUAUUUUUUUAACCUAAUAGUAGCAUAACAGAUCAUUUGUGUCAAUGCUAUAAACAGCCAGAGAUGAGAUUGUCAGAAUUCUUUUUUUUUGUUUUUCCUUAGAAGUGUGUGUGUGUGUGUGUGGGGGGGGGGGUUCUUGUUUCUUUUAAAUUCUUGGAUAUGGAUUGGGUUGUUCUGAGAGACAUUUUCAGAACAACUACUUUUUAGAAUGAGAUUGUGUUGUCCGUAAGAGAAGAUCAGUCUAAAUGGUGUUGGUACUGCCUGGGGGAACCUGCCCACUGAAGCACCCUUUUGUGUCCUUAUUUCCAACCUAAUGUAUCAAAACAUUUUUUUUGUUCUCCAAGUGCCCCUCUUGUCACUUCUGUUAAACACUAAACACUGUCUGUAACUUUGUAACUUAUUAACUGCAUUUUUUUAGCUUUGUUUCUGGAUAAUUUAAGUUUUAUUGGAAGUUUAGCAGCUUGUAUUUUCUGAAAACACCAAAGGAAUUAAAGUUCUUACAGUAA